GAUUUGGACAAAUAUGUGGCCGACUUAAUAAUGAAAGAAGCUUCUGCCAAAAAUAAAUUAUACAACAAGGAAGGGAUUAGAGCUUAUUUACCUCAUACUGAAACUGUAGAUGGUCAUAAUCAGGCCUUGAUCAAAAAGUCUGAAGAAGAUGCUGCUGCUGCUCGUAUGCGUAAUUUUAGACGCUUAGAACGAUUACACCGGCGCCGUUCAAGCAAAAGGAGACAUAGGGAUAGUGAUAGAAGCAGCCGGAGGAGAUCGCGAAGGGAUAAAUCAAGGUAUGCCGACCAUUUUAGUAGUAGUAGAUACAGUGAUUCUGAUUACAGUGAAGAAGAAAUUUCUAGGAAAGAGAGUAAAUGUGAUGUGAAUGAAGGUGAUGUGAAAACCCCUGAUGUAAAUAACCAUUAUACGGACCACGUAAAUAACCAUUAUAUGGAUAACGUAAAUAACCAUGAUAUGGAUAACUGUGAUAUGAGUAACAGUGAUAUGUCAAUUUCACCAAUAUCAAUGUCACCAAAGAUUAACUCUUACUCCGCAUCAGAAGUAAGUAAAAGUGCACCGGUUAUUAUACGUAAAGGCCGCGGUGAAGUUAGUGAUGGGUCAAAAAUGGAUAAAUACUUUGAAAAAGACUAUGAUCCCAU